GCGCCCCUCAGGCGGGCGGAAGUGACGCGGCAGCGCUCAGCCAUGGCGGCGGCGGCGCCCCCGGGAGCGGCCGGGCCGGGAAUGGCGGCGGGAGCCGCGGCCGGGCCCGCGGUGAUGGCGGCGGGACCCGCGGCGGUGGCGGGAGGCGGCGGCGCCGCGGCCAAGAGCGGCGAGGAGCGGCUGAAGGAGAUGGAGGCGGAGAUGGCGCUGUUCGAGCAGGAGGUGCUGGGGGCUCCUGGCCCCGCCCCCGGGGAGCCGCUGGCCCCGCCCCCCGUGCUGAGGCCGAUCAUCGCCACCAACACCUACCAGCAGGUCCAGCAGUCCCUCGAGGCUCGCGCCGCCGCCGCCGCCACCGUCCCCCCCCUGGGGACGCCCCCGGUGCCGUUCGUGGGGCCAGUGUCCCCUCAGAGGUCGCCCAUCCUGCGCCCGGCGUUCGUGCCACACGUGCUGCAGAGACCCGCCGGGCCCCGCCCCCCGCUGUCCCUGCGCCCCCCCCCCGGGGCCAUGGUGGGGGUGGGGGUGGGGGUGGGGGUGGGGCCGCCCCUGGGCGCCCCCCCCGCCCCCCCCCCCUGCCUCGCCCCUCCCCCACUGCAGAGACCCCCCCCCACCCCCCUGGGGGCAGCGAUGGGGGGAGCGAUGAGAGCGGCCAGCCCGGCGGGGGGGGGAGGGGCGCCCGUGCCCGCCCUGCCCCCGGCGCCCGCGGGGCCCCGCGCCCCUCCCCCCCCGGGGCCCCCCAAGCCCACCCCCCCCGUCAUCCAGGCCGCGCCCACCGUCUACCCCGCCCCCCCCCGGCGCCCCCCGGAGGAGGCCCCGCCCCCCCGGGCCCCGCCCCCCGAGGAGCCCCGGAUCGGGCCCAGCCUGCCGGCCCCGCCCCCCGCCAUGGCCACGCCCCCUCCGGAGCCGCGCCCCGGCCCCGCCCACCUGGCGCCGGCGCCACGCCCCCUGCGGAGGCCACGCCCACAGGAGCCGCCCUUCCCCGUGCCUGAGGUGGGGGCGGAACCGGCGGCCGAGGACAAGCGCAAGGGGAGGGGGGAGCGGCUCAAGCGCUGCAUCCGCACGGCGGCCGGGAGCAGCUGGGAGGACCCCAGCCUGCUGGAGUGGGACGCUGACGAUUUCCGCAUCUUCUGCGGCGACCUGGGCAACGAGGUGAACGACGAGACGCUGGGCCGGGCGUUCGGGCGCUUCCCCUCCUUCCUCAAGGCCAAGGUGAUCCGGGACAAGCGCUCGGGCAAGACCAAGGGCUACGGGUUCGUGUCCUUCAAGGACCCCAACGACUACGUGAGGGCCAUGAGGGAGAUGAACGGGAAGUACGUGGGCUCCCGGCCCAUCAAGCUGCGCAAGAGCCAAUGGAAGGAUCGGAACCUGGAGGUCGUGAGGCGCAAACAGCGCGAGAAGAAGAAACUGGGGCUGAGAUAACCCGGACUGGGACGGACUGGGAGGCACUGGGAGGCACUGGGAGGGAACUGGGAAGGACUGGGACGAAACUGGGAUGAAACUGGGGAUAAUGGGAGGGACUGGGAUGGACUGGGAGGGAACUGGGAGGGACUGGGAGGGAAC